AUGGCGGUUGGACUAACAUCCCAGCUGUUCCAAGGAGUCACUGCUACCAACAGAUUCGGCCAAACCAACAAUUUCUGUGGAGUACGACGAAUAGCUGGUGUGGAGAUGCGACGUUCUCCCCCAUCCACUUCGUUUCCUUCACUUGCUUAUGGGCAAGAUUCCUUGGUGCAUAACUCGUCCGGGAGGAACUACAUGCCCAUGCUUUAUGUGCCUUAUAGAUAUCGGGCCUUGCGUGUUAGAUCUUUUGUCUUGCCAGUUGCUUUGAAGGAAAUUCCUUUGGUGAAGAGUGCGUCAUUAGUAUUGACUAGGUCAUGCGACACUUUACUUGCAAAUCCAGCUACUGCACUCGUGGUACCUGCAAUUGGAAUAAUUGUAUUUGCUCUAUGGGGUUUUUUGCCUCUAGUGAAGGACAUCAGAAACCGUUUUGAUCAUGGAGGUAACUGGAAAAAGAGCCCUACAUACCUAAUUUCUAGUUCCUACCUUCAACCUUUACUCCUUUGGACAGGGGCAACACUUAUCUGCAGGGGUUUGGAUCCAGUCGUGUUGCCUUCAGCAGCAAGCCAAGCUGUUAAAACGCGCCUUUUGACUUUUGUGAGAUCCUUAUCGACCGUCCUGGCUACUGCAUAUAUUAUGACAAGCUUGAUUCAGCAGGUACAGAAAUUUCUAGUGGACAUACGAAGCCCCAGUGAUACACGAGCUAUGGGGUUGGAUUUUACCAUGAGAGCUGUUUACACUGGUAUCUGGAUUGCUGCUGUUUCUCUCUUUAUGGAGUUGCUGGGUUUCAAUACCCAGAAGUGGAUAACUGCUGGAGGUUUCGGGACAGUAUUGCUUACGCUUGCUGGUCGUGAGAUUUUUACAAAUUUCCUCUCAAGUGUUAUGAUCAAUGCCACCCGCCCAUUUGUAGUGAGUGAAUGGAUCAAUGCAAAGAUAGAUGGUGUUGAGGUAUCUGGUAUUGUUGAGCAUGUUGGCCUGUGGUCACCAACAAUCAUUAGAGGCGAUGACAGAGAAGCUAUAUACAUCCCUAAUCAUAAAUUCACAAUGUCUAUAUUGAGGAAUAACACUCGGAGAAACCAUUGGCGUAUUAAGACAUAUCUUGCUAUAAGCCACAUGGACGCUGGAAAAAUUGGUAUAAUUGUUGCAGACAUGAGGAAAGUGUUGGCCAAGAAUCAUCAUAUUGAACAACAGAAGUUGCAUAGGAGAGUAUUCUUUGAAAAAAUUGAUCCGAAAACUCAAGCUCUUAUGAUAUACAUAUCCUGCUUUGUGAAGACAUCGCAUUUUGAAGAGUAUCUAAAUGUCCAGGAAGCUGUUAUGUUGGAUCUUCUUACAAUAGUUGGGCACCACAGGGCAAGGCUUGCCACGCAGAUCCGAACAGUUCAGAAAUCAUAUGGCAACGCAGACAUUGACAACAUUCCUUUUGGAGAGGAUACAUAUAGUCCUCGUGCACGUGGCCGUCCGCUCCUGAUCGAUACUUCUGCAAGGAUCAGUGACGACAAGAAACCUCCUCGACCAGUGGUAGCACGUGAAGAUCAGAAAGCAAAGGUGGCCAGUGUAUCAGCGGUAGAGACGAAGUCAGAUGCACCUGAUGGUUCUAGUUUAAACAACUCGGAGAAGCAGGAGGAGAAAAAGUUGGUUCCAGACGAUGCUGGGUUGAAGAAGGAUCAUGUGAAAACAACAAUACCAUCUCCCACAACUCCAUGGGCAGAUCCUGUUGCGUCUACUACUUCCAGGACUGAUGAAGGGAAGGCUCAAGGAUCAGAAGGACAAGGGGAUGGUUCUUCAGUUGCUACGCCAAAGAAGGAAUCUAGUAGACCUGCCUUUGAAGACAACAUUGUUCUUGGUGUAGCUCUCGAGGGCUCGAAGAGGACACUCCCAAUCGAUGAAGGAAUGAACCCUCAUCUAUCGCUAUCUGAACCUGAGCAAGACGCUGGUUCGUCGCCUAAGAAGAAAGGUCAAAGCUACUCACUUUCAGGCCAAGAGAAGGCGGACUAG